AAUCUGUGGUUUCUAUUGCUUGUCGUUUUCCUGCCGUAAAUUGCAAUUUGUAUUGUAAUUAUUCGUUGAUUUUUAAAGAAAAGGACAUUUGGAAGAUAUUAAAACGGUUACGGAGGUUGUCGUUAUUCAAAAAACCUUGCUAAACCAAAAGAAUGUCAAACCAAGAGGAAUCGCCUUUACCCGAGGGCUGGGAGAUGAGAACGAGUCGGUCGACGGGCAUGACGUACUUUCUCAACAUCUACACGAAGAAGUCUCAGUGGGAGAGACCUGAGGCACCAGCUGACGCUGGAGAAAUCCGUUGCAGGCACAUACUGGUGAAACAUGCUGAAAGUCGUCGUCCAUCGUCGUGGCGCGAGGAAUCCAUCACGAGAACUAAAGAAGAAGCUUUAGAACAGUUAAAAACUUACCGUAAGCAGAUUGUUGGCAAUGAAGCCACAUUUGUUGAUCUUGCAACAAAAUUUUCCGAUUGCUCAUCUGCCAAACGGGGUGGAGACCUCGGAAUGUUCAAGCGUGGACAAAUGCAAGCACCAUUUGAAGAGGAGGCUUUCAAACUUAAAGUUGGUCAGUUAAGUAAGCCAGUAGAAACAGAUUCUGGUUUUCAUAUUAUUUUAAGAACUAUGUAAACAUAUUCAAGUUAUUAUUUCCAUCUUUUGUCAACUUUAUUUGUUAUCUUCCAGAACAGUUCACAACAUUUAAAAUUUAGAUAGUUUAGGAACAUUAUAAAAUGAAAUGGUUCAGCUAUAGAAAUUCUUAUUGUCUUUUUUGAUUGAUACUGAGACUAUGGAUUGAAUAUCUGACUGAUGAUGAAUAUCAUCAUCAUCAUCAUCAGCUCACCAUACAUACCCACUGAGGGGCU